AUGGAAAUUAUGUUCAAAAGGCCCAGAAGGAACCACUGCGUGGAGAAGCCCAUCUCCGUGGGCUUCCAGCGGUUCGGCCGCUUCGUGGGCAGGAAGCCCUGGUGGUUUCUGCUCCUGCCGCUGCUCAGCUCCCUGGCGCUCGCGGGGGGCUUCUGUUUCCUGGAGGAGCGGGAGGCGAACGACAUCGAGGAGCAGUUCACGCCCGUGGACGGAGCGGCCAAGCUCGAGCGCCGCUUCGUGCGGGAGAACUUCCCGCAGGACGACUCGCGCUUCUCCAGCCAGCGCCUCUACACGGACGGCGUGUACGCGUCCUUCAUCGCCGUCUCCAGGUCGCCGGCGAACGUCCUCACGCGCGCCGCCUUCGAGGAAAUCAUCCUCCUGGACCGGAGGGUGAAGGAGAUCGAGGUGUACGGCGCGGGCGGGCGCGGGCGCGGGCGCGAGCGCCUCUCCUUCGGCAGCCUUUGCGCCGCGAGGCACGGCGAGUGCGUGUCCAACGCCAUCCUGGACGUCAUCAACCACGACGGCGGCAGGAUCGAGGAGACGCGGCUCACGUUCCCCUUCUCCAUCUUCGGGCUCAACUCCGUGUUCCUGGGGCAUUCGGUCGGCGGGGUCGUCGUGCGCAACGCGUCCGUCCUCAGCAGCGCGAGGGCGAUCCGACUCUUCUACUUCCUCAAAGAGGAGGACGAGUCCAAAGCGGCCGCGUGGCUCGCCGAGUUCCUCAGGGUCUUCCCCUCCAACCUGUCCCGGCUGGACUUCAUCGAGGUGACACAUGCGACUUCACUCUCAAGACAGGUGGAGUUUGAAGCAAAUUCGAAAGAUGUGAUACCAUUGUUUUCCAUUACCUAUGUUAUUUCCAUCAGCUUUUCAGUUGUGUCUUGCUUAAGGUUCGACUGUGUGAGGAACAAGGUGUGGGUGGCCGCCUUUGGUGUGAUGUCUGCUGGCCUUGCUGUGCUGUCCUCUUUCGGGAUGAUGCUCUAUAUCGGUGUGCCCUUCGUCAUGACCGUGGCCAAUUCUCCCUUCCUAAUUUUAGGGAUUGGCGUUGAUGACAUGUUCAUCCUCAUCUCUUGUUGGCAGCAGACCAACGUCCACGACAAGGUCGAGGACCGCCUUGCUGAUACGUACAAAGAAGCUGCCAUCUCCAUCACCAUCACCACGCUGACGGACGUCCUGGCUUUCUACAUCGGUCUCAUGACCCCGUUCCGCUCCGUACGCUCCUUCUGCCUCUACAGCAGUACGUCCAUCCUCUUCUGUUACUUUUACAGCAUCACCUUUUUCGGCGCCUUCAUGGUGCUCAACGGCAGGCGAGAAAAGAGCAACAGGCACUGGCUCACCUGCAAGGAGGUGCCAGAGGACUGUCCCCCUGGGCUCUCCAAGGGAUUCAGCUUGUGCUGUGUGGGAGGGGCCUACGAUCAUCACAAUGGAAAGGAGGAAAGUCAACCAAUGAAUCAGUUCUUCAAAAAAUACUACGGGCCAUUCCUGAUACAGCCCUGGGCCAAAGUGUUUGUCAUCUUGUUAUACGCCAUGUAUCUGACUACCAGCAUUUACGGAUGCUUCCAGAUUAAGGAAGGCAUUGACCUGCGGAAUCUCGCAGCCGAUGACUCGUACGUCGUUCGCUAUUACAACGAUGAAAAGGAAUUCUUUUCCGAAUACGGUCCAAACAUAAUGGUAGUGGUGAAAGGCGAAUUCCCAUACUGGGAUAAGAAAAACAGAUCAGAUCUUGACUCGUGCAUAGCAGAUUUUAAAAAUUUGUCAUUUAUUAAGGAGAGUAUGUUUACUUCUUGGCUUGAAACAUAUGAGAUAUAUGGACUGUUUAUGAAUUUGAACCUAAACGAUGAAAGAGUGUUCAAGGACCAUUUAUCAGUGUUUCUCAAUCGCUUGGAUUUCAAGCAAGAUCUCAACUUCACCAAUAACACAAUUUACGCCUCUCGUUUCUUCAUCCAGACUGUGAACAUUACUACCGCGGUUGAUGAAAUGAAUAUGCUUAAUAAGCUUAGGAGCACAGCAGAGAAGUGUCCUGUGCCUCUUCUGGUUUAUCAUCCCACGUUUAUCUACCAUGACCAGUACGCCGUCAUUGUGAGCAACACCAUCCAGAACAUUGCGGUCACCACGGCAGUCAUGUUGUUCAUCUCCCUUUUGCUGAUUCCAAGUCCUCUCUGCUCCCUUUGGGUAACAUUCUCUAUUGCUUCCAUCAUCGUUGGCGUCACUGGCUUCAUGGCACUGUGGGAUGUUAACUUAGACACCAUCUCCAUGAUCAUACUGGUUGUCUGCAUUGGGUUUUCCGUAGAUUUUACAGCUCAUAUCUCCUACGCUUUUGUUUCCAGCAAAAAACCAAGUGCGAAUGAAAAGGCCGUAGAAGCCCUGUUUACCCUUGGCUACCCUAUUGUCCAGGGUGCUGUUUCUACCAUACUGGGUGUGGUGGUCCUCUCGGCUUCUAAGAAUUACAUUUUUAGAACUUUGUUUAAGAUCAUGUUCUUGGUCAUUUUUUUCGGGUUGUUUCAUGGAAUCACCUUCAUCCCGGUGUUUCUGACCUUCUUUGACGCAUGCAGCAGCUCGAGUAAAGUCAGCAGUAAGGAGAAGCCCACCUUUGAUGAGCAGACGACCAGUAAUAAACCCACCCCCAGCAAGCAAGAGCUGCAGGGAAGUCAAGAGAAGCAAAUUUAUGACAAUCACACGUUCCUGGCUGAUGACAACCAAUGCAAAACACAGCAGGGCUCUGCCAUUCAAACCCUUGCAUUCAGGGCCGAGCAGACCCAGACCGGCCAAGGGGGUGUUACAGACAGCAUUGCGGUAUUUAGCAUCGAUAACAAGACCUACGAUGUUCAGAUGUGCGUGGCCGACGAUGGUUCAGUGAACAAUUGUCAGAAGCACAACUUGGAUGAGGAGAUGUAUGAUGGACAGCGGUCAACAACAUCCCUCAAGAUAAAAAUGAACAUGUAA